AUGGCCAUUCCCAGGGGACAUUCUCCUCCCUCUCCGCCUCCUCUCCUUCUCCUCCUCCUCUUCCUCCUGCUCCUCAUCUCCUCCCCGCUCCCCCUGCAGGCCCGGCCGCUCCUCGUCCACCCAUCAAUCAACGUGGCGGUGGUGUUCAGCGGCUCCAGCUACCAGAACGAGGUCAGAGGUCGUCUCAGCGGGGAAAACUUUGUCGACCUGCCCGUGGUGGUCAGCCCAGUGACCGUGCUGGUCAACGACACCAACCCCCGUGACCUUCUGACACGCCUCUGCGAUACUAUGGCAACAGAGAGACUGCACGGCGUGGUGUUUGAGGAUGAUGUGGGCUCGGGUGCUGGGGCUCAGGUGGCCGAAGUGGCACAGAUCCUGGACUUCCUCUCCACUCAGACAGCACUGCCAAUCGUGGGCAUCAGUGGUGGCUCUGCAGUUGUCAUACCAUACAAGGCUGAGGGAUCCUCCUUCUUGCAGAUGGGAGCGUCUCUGGAGCAGCAGAUUGUCUGCAUGUUCAAGCUGAUGGAGGAGUAUGACUGGGGCGAGUUUGCAGUGAUCACCAGUUUGCUGCCGGGCUACGACACCUUUGUGGAUAUAGUUGAGUCCUACACAGAUACCUCGUAUUUCCUGUGGAAUCUACAGGAUGUCUUGUCUCUGGAAAUGUCUGUUGGGUCUAACGAUGCGAGGACCAAACGCAUGCUGCAGCAGGUGGACUCUCAGGUCCUGCUGGCAUAUUGCUCCUAUGAGGAGGCGCAGUACUUGUUUCGUCAGGCAGCUGAGGUGGGUCUGCUGGGGCCAGGCUACAUCUGGAUUCUCCCCAGUCUGGCCGUGGGCAACCCCGACAGCCCUCCACCUGACAGCUUCCCUAUCGGUGUUAUUGGAGUGAUUACGGACCAGUGGAGGAAGAGCUUGCGGCAGAGGGUGAGGGAGGGUGUCGCCAUUGUAGCAAAAGGCGCCGAGAGCUUCAAGAAGCAGUACGGUUUUAUUCCUGAGGGACAUGGUGACUGCAACAAGCCGGCAAAACUCUCAGACAACAAUACUCUGUUCAGAAACAUGCUGAAUGUGACAUGGGAAAGGAAAGAUCUGUCAUUCAACAACCAAGGCUUCCUCUCCAACCCUUCGAUGGUCAUCGUUGCUCUGGAUCGGGAGAGACUCUGGGACAAGGUGGGUACGUUCGCUCGGGGGAUCCUUCAGGUUCGCUACCCAGUCUGGCCUCGAUAUGGCAGCUUCCUGGAGCAAGUGUCUGAUGACCGUCACCUAACCGUGGCCACACUGGAGGAGCAUCCCUUCGUCAUGGUCGAGAAUGUGGACCCAGGAACUGGCACGUGUGUCCGCAACACAGUGCCCUGCAGGCGCCAGUCCAAUCGCACAGAGAGUAUUAUCGGCCACUCAGAGUCUUACACCAAACUAUGCUGUAAGGGCUUUUGCAUCGACAUCCUGAAGAAGCUGUCCCGCACCAUCAAGUUCUCCUAUGACCUCUACCUGGUCACCAACGGAAAACACGGCAAGCUGGUCCGUGGGACUUGGAACGGCAUGAUUGGGGAGGUGGUGUAUAGACGAGCUGAUAUGGCCAUUGGCUCUCUCACUAUCAACGAGGAACGUUCGGAAAUCAUCGAUUUCUCCGUGCCGUUUGUUGAGACAGGUAUCAGCGUCAUGGUAGCCCGCAGCAACGGGACAGUUUCCCCGUCUGCCUUUCUCGAGCCCUAUAGCCCAGCAGUUUGGGUCAUGAUGUUUGUGAUGUGCCUGACCGUGGUGGCGGUGACAGUUUUUGUGUUCGAAUACUUCAGUCCAGUCGGCUACAACCGCAGUCUGGUCAGCGCCAAAUCUCCUGGUGGUCCGACGUUCACCAUUGGGAAGUCUGUGUGGCUGUUGUGGGGCAUCGUCUUCAACAAUUCGGUUCCUAUUGAAAACCCUAAAGGAACAACCAGUAAGAUCAUGGUCCUGGUCUGGGCCUUUUUUGCUGUCAUCUUCUUGGCCUCUUACACUGCCAACCUGGCUGCCUUCAUGAUCCAGGAACAAUAUAUCGACACAGUGUCUGGGCUUUCUGACAAGAAGUUCCAGAAACCACAUGAGCAUUACCCUCCUUUCCGCUUCGGGACGGUCCCAAACGGGAGCACAGAGAGGAACAUCCGCAGCAACUACCCCGACAUGCACACACACAUGAUGAAAUACAACCAGAAGGGGGUGGAAGAAGCUCUAGAAAGCCUCAAAACCGGGAAGCUUGACGCCUUCAUCUAUGAUGCUGCUGUUUUGAACUACAUGGCGGGGAAGGAUGAGGGCUGCAAGCUGGUAACCAUCGGCAGUGGGAAAGUGUUUGCCACCACGGGAUACGGCAUCGCUCUGCAGAAGGACUCCCGCUGGAAACGGCCUAUUGACCUGGCACUGCUGCAGUUCCUCGGAGACGGCGACACCCAGCGCUUGGAGACUGUGUGGUUGUCGGGCAUCUGCCAGAACGAGAAGAACGAAGUGAUGAGCAGCAAACUGGACAUCGACAACAUGGCGGGCGUCUUCUACAUGCUGCUCGUGGCCAUGGGCCUUAGCUUGCUGGUUUUCGCUUGGGAACACCUGCUUUACUGGAAACUACGACACUCCCUUCACAAGUCUCACAAACUUGACUUCAUGUUGGCCAUCAGCAGGGGAAUUUACAGUUGUUUCAAUGGAGUGGAGGAUACUGGGCACUCAUAUGGUUUUGCUAAACCCGACCUGACCUCCAACUACGCUCAAGCAAACAUGCUUAAGAUGCUUCGCACUGCCAAAGACCUGGUCUCCACUGCCAAUGUUGAGACCUCUCUGGACAAUGCCACCAAGACCAUAGAGCAGCUGAGUCGUCACGGUGGCAGCUUACCUGUUCGUGUUCCACAAGUCGCCACGGAGGCUGUGCCAGGAGGAUUUGCUUACGUUACAGAGAAUCACUGCUCACUGCCCCAGCGCUCCAUAACCCCGCCUCUGGCUGCUGUUACCUCUCUGAAACAGCAAAGGGGUGUGACCAGGCCCACGCCACUGCGAUACACACUACCAACUCACUCUUCCUCGUGUCUGUAUGACCGGCCACUUCCUGUGUCUAGCCUCAGCAGCCCCCACCUGGCCGUGGGUGAGCCACUCCCUCAUCAGCAACCGCACCACUACCAGACCACUGGGAGACUCUACGUUGACACCCAUCCUCACUCGCCCUUCAUCCCCUACGCCGAUCUCCAACUACCUGACAUCUACACUUCUCACCCGGUCUCCUCGCCUCAAAACCAACACGUCCAAGCGGGCUUUUCCAGACGGAAACGAAGGUCCAAGAGUUUCCAGUGUGAGGAUGGGGAUGUAGAGAGGAGAAAACACAGGGACCAGGAAAAGAGUGACAAAAGUCCCAUCUGUCUGAGUGAGCUCAAAGCCAACCACCUCCAAGACAACCACAUCUCCCCCAGCGUCGACAGCAUCUACUCAGGGGAGGUGAUGUGUCCUCGGGUAGAGAACUACAGUUCCUGGCCCCCAGAGGACCUCAUGCUGAGAGGUAGACGCAGGCACCGCCGCCCCUCUUUCCUUAAAGCGACUUGGGGCAGCGAGAAGAUGCGCCAGCUUGACGAAUCCCAGUCAUCCCUGUCGAGCCAAUCACCUUCCACCCUGCCAGACCUGUUCCCAUGCAUUCUUACACCGACCACACCUGCAAAGGCCUACAACCCUUCCCACCUUCGAAACAACCUGUGCCUCCCACGGAACCAGGCCUACCUCCACAUAAGGGAGGACCAGAGGAGGCCCCUGGGGCGUAAGGGCCAGAGGCUGCGCUACUCCCACUCGGCCCACCUCCCCACAUACGGAGAAGCAGUGCGACAUGGGACUGGGUUAGGGCGGGGGAUGGUACGGAGAGCUACCAGUUUGCUCAGCAGACAAUAUGCCCACUACCUGAACUCAUACCCUGGACUACCCCUCUACCACGGCCCCCUAGACCUGCAACAGCACAGCCAGGCCUCCAGCAGCCACCCGAGCCCCAGCCCAGUGUGCCAGCUGUUGGCUUGUGGGGGCGGGAGAUGUGGAAGCCAGCGGGCUCUGCUGUACCAGGAUAGCGUGUAUGGGGCCUAUGGGGUCUAUCAGGGAUCCCAGACUGGAUCAGAGGCCAAGGUAGGUCAGGGAGCAGGGGGUCAGCCCAUGGGGAGCCCCUGCGUACUUCGUCCCUGGCGACGGGUGUCCAGUCUGGAGUCUGAGGUCUGAUGAGAAACCAUAUCGAUCUCAUAAGAUGGACACAGAGGAGUAACAAAGGACAAGACUGUAGAGAGGGAGUAGUGGUUAGAUUAAUGUAAGAGGGAAAAGUUAUGACUUGAGGUAAUUGUGGAUUUUCUAUGUGACUUUGUGUGGUAAAGAAUAGAAGUUUGGGUCUGCAAAUUUUAUAGAUCUUUAGGACUUAUUUGAUGUACACUACAGUAAGAUAAAAAGACUGCACUGUUACCAAUUUAUCCUCAAGAAAGCUCUGGAAAGCUGGAGUUGGCAGGUUUUGCUCACUUGCUACCUACAACAACGCUUGUGUGUUUUCUGUGCUUCGAUGUGCACUCAGAUUUACAACAGUCCACGGUGUUGGCGCAUGGUUAAACUAUAACCAGAGUUUUCAUGCUGUGUGUGUGUUGUGUAUAUUUUAUUGUGGAUGGUUGGGAUUCAGUCUUGGGUGUCGUCAAGUAGAUGAACCGUUUACAGCUGGGGAGAAAUAGUGGAGGAAUAAGAGAUUGUCUCUUUAAAUACAGCCACCAAAAAACAAGCAGCCACUGUAGCAAGAUUUGUGAAGACAGCUGCAACAUACACAUGAAGAGUUUAAUUCCAAAAUAAGACAUCAAUAUUAAAACAUUUUGACUCCAGACACAGAUGAGCAGCAGUUUUCUAGAAUGAAAUAAUCAUUUUGAGACAUCUGUUAAUG